ACUUCGCCUUAUACGUGUAACGCUGACUGACUCCUGCUAUCAGCUCUCGUGCUCUUGGUUGGGGUUGCUAAUACAGUUAUUUCAAAGUCAAAACAGGAAUUUUGAUGCGAUAAAGUCCGUUUUCACGUUGUCGUGUGCUGCUGUUUGAGAUGCCGCUAAUUGUCGAGAGGUUACUCUGUUCGAAAUGAACAAGCUAGGAUAAGUAUAUCAUCGAUGUGUUUAAAUACCAUGUAAAAUUAUGUGUAAUUAUAUCUGCGUGCAAGGCGCUUUGUCAGCACUGCUACAUGGGACAGUCAGUUGAAAACUGAUACCUGGUGCUGCAGUGCUUAAUUUUAUUAUUAACUCUGCUAAAUUAAGCUGUAUUUACUCUGAAAGUAUACUUUUAAAACAUCCACAUAUGACCCCUUAACUAGCUUUUUUUAAAACUCGUAUUAUAAGGUAGUGCAAGCGUAUACGAUUUAACUAGUUUGGAGGGUCCAGUCAUUUUAUUGCAGGUUUUAUUUCCUAAUGGCAAAGGAAGAAUGUGUGGCACAAUGGAAAAACACAGAGGACACUCCAACACUACGUUACAGGAGAAACUUUCCCACCUCCCAAAACCAAUACAGCACUUUGUCAAAGGACACUGUCAGCCACACUGCUGGACACUUGUCAGAAGAUGACCCUCACUCCUCAAAUGGGACAACAGCUAAGUUUAGGGCCAAAGGACAUGUCAGUAAUGAGCCAUCAAGAGUGUUUCUGAUGUUGGUAGUGGGGUUGUCUUUCUCAACACGCCUCUAUAGGAUAACAGAGCCCCCUCAUGUGUGGUGAGUGACAAUCUUCUGCAUGUAGAUUUUACUGUGCAUAUUAUUGAUGAACAUUACAAGGUUGUUGUGGUCUUUCAGCUGGGAUGAGACACACUUUGGGAAGAUGGGGAGCUACUACAUCAACAGAACCUUCUUUUUUGAUGUUCAUCCUCCUCUUGGAAAAGUGAGGUGGCAAAUUAUCACUGAUAUGAUGGCUCUAGUUUCCUUAGGGAGAGCAUGAGCUUUGAUUUCUUUCUUCACCAUUUCACAGAUGCUGAUCGGCCUUGCUGGGUACAUGACAGGUUAUGAUGGCACUUUUCCCUUCAUAAAGCCAGGAGAUAAAUAUGAGCACCAUAACUACUGGGGGAUGAGAGGAGUAAGAAACUUUCUAAACUUUGCUUCGUAAGAUGAAUUAAAGGCAACUCAAACAAAUGGCUGUGGUUGUGACUUUAACAACAAAGUGUUUUGUCUUCCAUUUUUUCGUACAGUUUUGUGCCAUCUUGGGCUCCUUUCUCCCCAUCUUUGCCUACCUCAUAGUGUUGGAUUUGUCUCGGUCUCACACUGCUGCUUUUAUUUCUGCAAUCCUUCUCAUAUUUGGUAAGUAUCUUUCACUGGUUAAAAAAGUAGCAUAACUCCAAUUGUUCAACAGCAUGCAACAGUCUUGUAUUAAUAAAGAUAAUAACUUUUUGCUUAUCUCACCCCCCUUUGACAGACACUGGCUGUAUCACUAUUUCCCAGUACAUACUGUUAGACCCUAUACUGAUGUUCUUCAUUAUGGCAGCAGUCCUGAGCAUGGUCAAGUUUAAUCAGCUGAAAAACAGGUAAAAUUCAGUUUUGUUUUUGUUAUUUUGUUCUUCUAUCUCUUCCAAUGCAGUGUAGCCUUUAGGAUACAAGUUUAUCAUUCAAUUAGAAAGAAAAAUUAAGUAAAAAUACCAGUUAAUUGAUUGUUUACCUCUCUUUUACUGACCUACUUCUCAGUUUAAAACUCUACAAACUUGAUUGUUUCAGUUAUUUGCUUUUUCUCACUUUAACACCAUUAUAAUGGGACUGAAUCGUAAAUGUUCUUUGGGUAGUGCAUAUGCAUAAUAUGGUAAUAUAGACCAUUUCUAUCUUUGAUAGCAGUUGAUGUAUGUGUUUGCGUUUUUUUUUCAGACCUUUUACCGCCUCCUGGUGGCUGUGGCUGUUACUGACAGGUGUCAGUCUUGCUGGUGCGUUAGGGGUUAAGUUCGUGGGUCUGUUUGUCAUCCUGCUGGUGGGACUAAACACAGUUUGGGAUCUCUGGAGACUCUUUGGGGACCUGAGCCUCUCUCUGGUAAACAGAAACUGACAGAAAUGAUGGUUGUUAAAAUGUUGACUCUUUGACUCCUCUCACUUCUUUUUUUCUUGUCUCCAGGUGGAAAUUACAAAGCACUUCCUUGCCAGAGUUAUAGGACUCAUCUUGCUUCCCCUCCUCUGUUAUGUUACAAUAUUUGCAGUCCAUUUUGUCGUGUUGAACAAAAGGUGUGUCUCUGUGAUAUAUUACAUUAACAGCGUGUGAUGACAUUUACGCAUUGUGUUGGUAAUCAUGAUUGUUUUUUUCUCAUCAGUGGACCAGGAGAUGGUUUCUUCAGUUCAGCUUUUCAGUCUCGCCUAAUUGGGAACAAUCUACACAAUGCCUCCAUGCCUGAGUGUGAGUCUAAAAACAUAUGUGGAUACAACCACAUAAAACUGCAGCUGUGUUUACUAAAACACUGAUUAGAACAUGAGAAAGGGGGUCAAAGAGAAAUAAAGGCUUUCCCCCAGUAUUGAUGACAGCCAGAUGGACUAAAAUAUCCACAAAGAAGCAUGUCUAUCUUUUUCUUAUUAUGGUAAUUAGCUGGUGUGGUCCCUCAUUCCUACUGUAAAUGAUUAGUUCUCAUUAAUCCUGUCUUUCAUUUGUUUGAUGUUUCUCUGAUGCAGACUUGGCUUAUGGUUCCACCAUUACAAUCAAAAACCUUCGUAUUGCUGGAGGUUAUUUGCACUCUCACUGGCACUUAUACCCAGAGGGAGUGGGAGCACGGCAGCAGCAGGUAGGGCUUCAGAUUUAAGCAGGAAUCUCUUCCUUACAUUAAGAAUUUGCUUAUAUCCCCGCUCAUUUGCUUUAUAGUAAACUCUGUUUUAUUUUCUAUUUCCAUACAGGUGACAGCUUAUCUCCACAAGGACUACAACAACUUGUGGCUAGUUCACAAACCUGAUCCUAAUCAAUGUGAGACAUUGUGCUUUUUAGAAAUAAUAAUAAAUUGUCAUUUUGGAAGUAAUAUCUAAGCUUCUUAUGAAUCAUUUCUCUUGUUUUUGUUUCAAAAGCUCAUCCUGGGACACCUGAUUUGGUGCGUCAUGGUGACAUCGUUCGACUGGAGCACAAAGAGUAAGAGUCAUGACCUUGUAUGGCUGUUCAUGGAUAACUUAACACUGCACCUUUGCCAAUUGUAGUGGUUGUCACUGAAAUGGAAGGUUUCUUUUCCAUGGUUUUGCUAAUUUUCCUGUGUGUUUAGAACAACUCGUAACCUUCAUGCUCAUCUCCAUGAGGCCCCUCUGACCAAGAAACACUUCCAGGUUACAGGCUACGGCAUUGUGAGUAUUUCAACAACAUAUCUGCAGCAUUUCAUAUUACAGCCCUAAUCUGUAUUAUUUCAUAUCAUUAUGCAUUUGGAUUUCUUCAAAGCCUAAAACUUACUACAACCUUUGGUUUUACACGUAGAAUGGCUCAGGUGACCUCAAUGACUUAUGGCAGGUGGAGGUGUGUGGAGGUCGAAAGGGAGACUUGGUGAAGGUGCUACGCAGCAAAGUCCGUUUUUUGCACCGAGCUACCGGCUGUGUGCUUUACUCCUCUGGCAAGACUCUACCAAAGUGGUAAAACUGGUUGUCUCAUUUCUGACUUCAAUUUAUUUAAGAUAUAUUAUGAUGGUGGACGGACCAGAAUCUCAGGGUGUGUUUGUGUUCAGGGGCUGGGAACAGGUGGAGGUGACAUGCAGUCCUUACCUGAAGGAGACUCCAAGCUCCCGGUGGAAUAUUGAAGAUCACAUCAAUCCCAAAUGUAUGAUCAGUCCUCUUCCUGUACUUUUGCCUGUUUGUUUGUUUGUUUUUUAAAUAUUAUUAUCAAUUACCUUUAUUUAAAGAGUGCUUUUCAGAUUCACAUUACAACUUGGUUUAAAGGACAGUGUAAUGAUAAAGAUAAGUGUCAGCAUUUUCCAAAGUGAACAACCAGUUUGGUACCAAAAAAAAAGAAAACCCAAACUAUCAUAUAUAAAAAGAAUUUAAAAUCAUGACACUUUAAAUGACAUUAAACAAAAUCAGGAAAAGCUUUACAAUAACAAUCUGUUUGAAAAAGUGACUUUAAUGAGAGCACUGAAUCAACUAACUGAAUUUCCUCUGGUGAGUCAUUUGGAGUCUCAGGGCUCUGGAUGAAAACGCUCUGUUCCCCCUUGUUUGAAUAAAUAAAAGACCUUUGCCUGAGGAUCUCAUGGUGUGUCCUGGGGUGUAAAGUAUCAAUAGGAUGGAGAUAAAAUUAUGGCAGAGAACCCUGAGUGCUUUAAAGUAAUCGAUAAAAUCUUUAAAUCAAUCUGAAAACUUAGUGUCCAGUUUUGGAUAAAAGCCUGUCAACUAAGUUCUGCACCAUCUGAAGUUAGUAUAUGGAUUUUUGAUCUAAACCACUCAAAAAGCUGUCAUAACAAACUAGCUGUGAUUAAUCAUCCAUAAAAUUGUUUGUUAAAGUAAAAAAAUCUUGAAUCUUUGAAAACAUUUCUAAGAUAAUUAAAACAAGUAAGUUUUGUGGUGUGAUGCUCAAAGUUCAUAUUGCUGUCAUACCUGAUGCCCAAGUCCCUUACAACUGGCUUAAUCUGAUCCACAAGGAACCCAGCGGUUGGUAAAAUAAUGCGCUCAACAACGCAGGGCGAGCAUGUUCAAAGAAAAGGAAAUUAGUCCCAAAAGUGACCCUUGAGGCACACCACAUUUUACAGAAAACUACAAAGAUAUGUGGUUGUUCACAGAAACACAAAACUUGUUUGUUUGGUAGGAUAAAAAACAGUCUAAUCUAAACCAUCUGCUCCAAGUAAGUCGGUCUCUUUAAAAGAAUGCUAUGAUCAAUUGUGUCAAAGGAUGCACUGAUGGUUAAGAAGAGCGCAUUCCAUCAUUAGCUGCUAUUCAAAGAUCAUUAGUCACCAUGAGCAGGGUUUCUUUGGUGCUGCUGUGGUUCUUCUGGACACCAGAUUGCAGUCUUUCAUAAAUGUGAUUAUUUUGUGGUGCUGCUGAAACUGUAAGGUAACUUAGAAACUGCUCUGUAAUUCUAAAGGAGAAAUAGAUCACUGUUAAUCGACGAUGUGGUCACAGAGGCGAUCAGAGAACAGUUGAAGACAGCAAGCGGACUGCGUAUAACAGAUUCAAUUACCUGUUCAAAAAACUCAAAUAUAUAAAGUUUAAAAAAUCACAGUCAGCAUGUUUUUGAAGAGCAACACAUGGAAGGAUUGGGUUGGCCGUAUGUUUGAUAGCUUCAAAUAGAAACCUUGUGUUAUAUUGUUAAACUGAGAUUACCUCUGAGAAGUAGCAUCUCCCUCCAUCCUUGACCAUCCAAUUCAAAUUAAAGAUCAUUGGUGUUCAGAUAGGUGUUUAGUCCUGCACUUCAUGAUGCAGCACAAUAACCAACAUGUUACUUUUCCUCCUCUCUCUUCCGGCAGUGCCCAACAUCAGUUUGUCUGUGCUGAAGCCCCAUUUUUUUGAGAUCUUACUGGAGUCGCACAUUGUUAUGAUAAGAGUAAGAAACAAAAAACCAAAAGGUUGAACUGUGCUUCAAGGAUGUGUUUGAUCAGAAAUGAUUUACUGAAAUAAAAUGUCUUUAAAGGGAAACAGUGGCCUGAAACCUAAAGAUAAUGAGAUGAACUCCAAACCCUGGCACUGGCCCAUCAACUACCAGGUACAUUCUAUCAUUAACCAUGUAAAGUCUAUUUUGAUUUUGCUGAAGUAGAAACACAUUCAUAACCACUCUGAACUCUUUAUUUAAAGGGAUUGAGGUUUUCUGGAGUGAAUGAUACAGAGUUUCGUGUUUACCUCUUGGGAAACCCUGUAAGUCUCUCUUUGACUUGCUUUGUUUUGUUUCUGCUGUUGUCUAACAAACUCAAAAAUGUCCUCACACUCAUAGUUUUUUUAUUUGUUUUUGGCAGGUGAUCUGGUGGAUGAACCUGGUUACUUUGGGUUUGUACCUUGUCAUGGUGGCAGUGGCAUCGAUAGCCCUCCAAAGAGGUUUCUCAUUGAGCCAAAAAAGAAUAGGUACGAUUAUAGACAGUGGUAAAACAGCUCACUGUGCUGACAUGUUAAGGUUGUUGCUGCAGUAAAAUAUGGUUAAAGCGUUAAAUGAAUGCACUUUUUGUUAUUUUUCAGAGCAAUCACUUGUUUUGAAGAGAGAAGGAGGGUUUCUGCUCCUCGGCUGGUUGCUGCACUAUGCACCCUUUUAUACUAUGGGUCGAGUUCUCUACUACCACCACUACUUCCCUGCUAUGCUUUUCAGCAGCAUGCUCACAGGUAACAAAUCCCACUGAAUUUAAGAUACUUUUACAUCUCCAUGUGUUGGGAUGACAAGAUUAGAAGAUAAGAUGUUCAGGAGACUCAGCAGAGAAAUUAACUGGGUUAUAAAAUGGGUUUUUCUGUUACUUGUGAUUGUUGCCCUGCCCACACAAGUUUACACAAAAAAGGAACAAUGAAUGGAUCCACAGACUUGUGCCCGCCUCUGACUCGCACUUGAUUUUGACAACACUCACUCCAGUUGUGAUGUGAAUUUUAAAAUUAAGAGGGAUAUUUAAGGGAGCUGGAGAAGAGGGAAAAGAUCAGGUUUAUAAAUUUUUUGGUCAAACUGGCGCUCCAUAGUUAAAGAAUAAUAGGUAUAGUAUAUAUUUUAAAGCCUGAUGAGGCAAUAAACAGUAUAAGAGACUGUAAAAGUUGAUAUUUUUUUAAAUUAUAACUCAGUAAAAUUUAAAUCAAGUCUAAUAAAAUUCAAAAGCAAAGACAUGAUACAUUUAUCUCAAUAUUUAAAUGAGAGUAUGAAAUCACUAUGUAACAUUUUUGCAGAGAGUUAAUGGUGCCAAGUUGCUAAAUCUAAACAGAAGUUCAGUUGGCUUUACAAUUAACAACCUGAAAGUAUGAAAGCAAAUGUUAAAAGCUAAGAGCAUUUUUAUGCUCUAAAAAGGUAUACAAAAUCUAACUUAUUGGGGAAUAGUUUCGUCUUGAAGUGAUGCUCUUUUCUUAUUUUCUUUUUUCUUUUUUACAAGCAUUGGCUUUGACAAAAGGAAAAAGGUGAAGCAGACACGUUUUACAGAAUUAUGUGGUUUAAGUAUUCUGUAUGUUUUUUUUUUUUUUUUUUUCCACAGGAAUUACAUUUGAUGUCCUGCUGAAAAGCACUGACUUGCUGCUCUGCUCACCUCUUGCUGAUUGGCUGCAGAGAAUCGGGAUGAUGGUGUUCUUAUUUUGUGUUCUUUACAGGUGAGACGACUUGCAGAAUAACCACUAUGAAAGAAAAUCUUGUUGCUCAUGAUCAAAUUUCCUUUUUUCUCUGUGUUAAUCACUUAUAUUCAUUUUCCGCCCUCCAGCUUCUACCUGUUUCAUCCACUCACCUAUGGCAUGACGGGACCUCUUGCACACGAGCCUGGCAGCGUCAUGGCUGGCCUUAAGUGGAUGGACACCUGGGAGUUUUAGUCUGCUUUGUAUUCAGAGAACAUAAAUAUUGUGAUGUACAAUGAUUGUUCUCUGAGGCACUUAAAGCUACCAUGUGUCGAACAGGUUGAUGGUCAGGACAGUUUACAUUUAAAGAUGUUUUUAUUGGAUGUUGGCUGCACACACUGCUGAAGAAUCUCUCAUUUUUCAGGUGUUUAUGGCUCAACAUCUCCUGGUAUUAUAGUUGAUAAUAUUUAAUAAAUAGUUCCACAAAAAGGACCUGAAGCAGUGCAAUAUCAAAUGUAGACCGUUGAGAAGUUUUAAAGAUCUAGAUACAAGUAAUCACCAGACUGCCUUAACUACACACAAAUCUUACAUCUUGUACUUAUAUUUAUAUUUACUUUUUGUCACAAUAAUAAUAAGAUUAAGUGCCUGAAACUGGUGAAAGCUCAUCUUAAAGUGAAAUGCUGCAUCUUGUCGUUUAUCUGUUUUAAGUAAACCCUUUUUUAUUGUUACAGAGCUUGAAUUUGGUUUGCAUUUGUCUCUGCUCAGUAUUUUUGAGUAUUUUAAAGCUUCUUAAAAAGUGAUCUGUACAUUUCAGUAAGAACAAUAAAAUAUGACCUCUUGUAGUCUGUUUACUUA